AUGAAGAAGGCAACACACCACUUCUGUUACUUAAUCAGAAAAGGAGACUUUGGUGAAGUUUAUUGGGGAGAGUCAUUACUAGGUGAGAAAAAUGUUGCUAUUAUGAAACCCGCCGACAAGAUGGACGAAGACCAGAUUAUACAGUUUGUAAAUGAGGUUGAUAUUCUCUCUCAAGGCAAUCACGAACACGUGGUAAAGCUCUUGGGUUGCUGCCUAGAUAAUGAAGAUCCAAUGUUAGUUUAUGAGUUUUUCAGUGCGAGUUCCCUCUCCCUCCAUAUCCAUGGGGAGAAAGAGGAAAAAAAACAUCUUUCAUGGAUAGAUCGUUUGAGAAUUGCGGAAGAAACGGCCGAGGCACUAGACCAUUUGCACUCUUCUCAUCCAGUAUCUAUCUUUCAUAGGAAUGUCACAUCUUCAACAAUACUGUUAGAUGAUAAAAUGAAGAGUAAAGUAUCAGAUUUUGGAGUUUCAGGUUUUGGUCCUGUUCCAUUGGCUGAAACUGAAAAUAAUAAUACAUCAAUUAUUCAAGGGAAUCGCGGGCAACCAGAAAGUGGCCCAGAAUAUUCUCAUGCACAUACAGAAACUCAUGAAAGUGAUGUUUAUAGCUUUGGAGUUGUUCUAGCAGAGCUUUUGACUGGAAAAAAACGAAUUUUAUCAGAAGAACCUGGUAAAAAGGAAACCCUGGCAAAAUAUUUUGUACGUGAAGUGACAGAUGUGAAUCUUUGUCUUGAUGAGCAAAUAAAAAAUGAUGCAGAGAAAGAUCAUUUCUUGAAAGUUGUUAAGCUUACCAAAAAGUGCCUACAGGAUAAAGGGGAAGCUAGGCCGACAAUGAAGGAAGUUGCGAGCAUGCUUGGUUCUUUGCUAUCAUCGUUACAACCUAAGCAGGAGCAGCAGACUGAACAUCGUGACGUCGGUGGGCCAUCGACAAGUUCUAUUCUGGAUGCAACGGCGGAUGAAAUAGAGGCUGUUCAUUGA